UCAGGACUGAGAGAGAUCAGACGAAAGGUCGACGUGAUAGAGGAUGGGGUCAAGGCGCGGUGGAAGAGCGACGCGGGGGAAAUGACAGAGGCGCUGAGCGAACCAGAUAUGGAGAUGGCUACCGGAGAGGGCAUGAAGUCGAAGACCGCACAGAUGAUCGCGAGAGCGUAUCAAGUCCGAACAAGGGCAAGAAGGAGUCUGCAAGAUCAGAUGCUGAAGACGACGAUUUGGACGAGCGAGACCGAGAUCGGAAGGGUGAUCAAGACAAGGAGCGGGCGAGAGACUAUUCGAGGGAGGGAACAGCAUCUCGAACACAUUCGGGUAGAUCUUCGCCAUACCGCAAGGAAUCGCCCGCUGCGACGCCUUCCGGUCCUAGAGCAUCACACGGCUCGAGCCGCUCUUCGGCUUCUACUUACAGACCUGGUCAGGCUUACUCGAUGCACCCUCACUAUGGUAGAGGGGCUGCCUAUGCUCAUGGAUAUGGAUCCAGGUAUCGCGGACAUGCUCCGUACAGGGGAAGGAGAUGAUCUGGCAGACCGUGCAGCACAAGAUCUUGCUAGGUUCGGAAAAAAGCACUCUUGCUAUGAUUCCCAGGAAUCGUGCAUGUGCUUCGUAUCGAUGUCCAAGUCGACGAGUCGUCCGUCAUCCAAGAAACUCUCCUACUGGCAAAGUAAGAGCGGUGUGCUACUAGCUGUAGUGUUGGUUGCGUUUUGGCGGGACAACGCAUACGAAGCGGGUCUUGCGGUAGGAAGCUAUCAAAUUCGGCUCGAUCCUUCUCUUGGUGGUCUGUCGUCGUGCGUGCUCAACGUCGCACACACGGCUUGAUGAUCGCUCAUCAAGCCGAGCUGUACGUGCUCGUCUUCGCACGUCCAGCCAUAUGGUGCAUGGAAAGAAGUCGUUGGCCGCGCAGAGGCCAUGCUCGAGUCUCUGCUACGACUCGGAAGCAGAGGCGUGAUCUUCGGACCCGGAGUGAAUGUGCGAUCACGACAAGCCAGUGAUGGUAGCGCGCUGGCGCCGCUAGCCGAGCUAGGCCAAGGGGAAGCCUAACGUGCCAAGAUGAAGAACGAUCGAAUCGUCACCGUGCCGUCUGGAACGCAAAGUCUGU